AUGACGGAGUGUCUCCGCGCCGAGUUGGUGCUCACGCGAGGGCCCGUGACGCUGCCGCGUUGCAUUGAGCUGCGCGUGCCGACGGACGGCACUCGCAUUACGGUCGGCCGCGCCCCCGACAACGACGUCGUGCUCGACAUGAAUCUGCUGUUUGCGUCGCAGCGGCACUGCCAGCUGCUCGUGCGCCCAGCAGCAACAAAUGACGACGGGGCGGCAGUAGAAAAUACGGCCACGAAGAAGAGGCGGGGCAACGGCCGCAAGCGCGCCCGCGAGGAGGUGCAGCAGCAGCAGCAGCAGGCGCGGCUGGAACUGUGCGUCGUCGACGUGGGCAGUAGCAACGGAACGUUCGUCAACGGUGUACGUGUUGGCGAGGGCGUCGCCACGCCGCUGCGCCACGGCGAUGCGGUGGUGCUCGGCGGGAUGCGUGACAUCCCGACCAAUGCGUCGAUGCCAGCGGAAGCUGUGGCAGACGCGCCGGAGAUCGUAACGUGGCGCGUCGCCCUCAACGACGACGACGACGGCGGCAACCACCACGGCAGCAGCGGUGAAGAGUUCGGGUUCGAGGCAGUGCCCCCGGUGUUCCCUCACGUGGAGUUCGCCGAGGCGGAGGAGAAGCGGCUGACACUGGCGCUCCUGCAGACGGCGAGUCGCUCGCUGCAGCAGGAGCAGCCGCGUGCGGUGUCGCCAGCGUCUGCGAGUCAUACGUCCGCGGCGGUUGUCUCGCCUCCGCCAACGGUGAUGAAGCGCUGGGACGAAGCGCACCAAGAGCACCACCGGCAGCAGCAGCAGCAGCAGCAGGAAGGACUUCCACUGCGGGGGGAGUCGCCGCAAACGCCCGCCGCGCGCGAGGUGCUGCGACGCAACAGCAGCGAAGACAAAGACGAGAAGGAUGACGAAGCCGCCAGCGCCCCACACGACAUGGACUCAUCGACGAGGCGCAGCGGUACCAUCGCGGCAGAAGUGGUGCUGCGAGCGAGGAGUGCCGCAUCGGCGCCGCCCCCCUCUGCUGUUGUGUUCUCUGCGGUGCGCGUCGGUGCACUGAGUUUUGUCGUGCCGCCCGCUUCGCCCACGCCCACGCAGCCGCGGCGUUCGACCGGCAGGGCCAAGCGAGUAGGCAACAACAGCGCCGCAUCGCGGCCCCACACGCUGAGUUUUACACACACACACUUGAAGUGGGCGAUGGAGGGUGCUGUGCGAGGGAAGCGGCGCGUUACUGUUGACUGCACGAUCCCGUGGAGGGCUGUGGCGCAGGUCAUGUACUGCACGCCGUGCCGCGGGCUUGUGGUGCGGCUGCAGCGUGGGAGCCAGCCCCCGCUCCUCGAUCCGGGGGUCGUCGCGGAGGAGUCGAGCUUCGCCGCGUGGCUGCUGGACGCAGAGGCCAAAGGUGGCGAGAGUGAGGUAUCAGCAGUAGCAGAAGCGGAAGCGGAAGCCGACGGUGUGUUCAGGCAGCUGUUGCACGAAAUGGAGCAGUUCUGCAUGGCGCAUAAAGGGCCGGCACCGCAACCGGUGGAGGAGGCAGAGUUCCUCACCAGCUAUGCCCCUGCCGCGUAG